AUGUUAUGCUAUGCUUUGCAAAACAACUACACAUUUAUAUUGGCGGACAGCACUGAAUACGAUGAAGCAUGUAGCCAUCGUGAGUUCUUCUUUCGACGUCAUUGUAUCGUAGCUAAUAUUCUACAACAAAACAGCUAUGAAUGGAUUUUAUUCGUGGACAGCGACAUUGGUGUGGUCAACGAGAAGGUGUAA